AAUAAAAUAAAAUAAAGGAAGAUGAAGAAAAGUGAAAAGAAAGCCAGAAAGCAUAACGUGUGGUACACAUGCCCCUUAUUUAAUCAUAUAUACCACUAUCUCUUUAUACCGUUCAUGUCUGGCUGACAGCUAAACAAAUAACAGGUACUAUGUAUGGAUAGUCCGCAAGCAUACGACGAUCCGGAAAACCCGCAAGAAAAAGAAAACCACCUUAUCGCUAGAUUCUGCCACGAUCCACCGCCCAUCUAUCAAGAUCCAGAAACCAAAAAGAUACGACUCAUAUUCGAGCAAAUCAACCGUGCAUUGAGAAAGUUUUCCCCGUACACGUUCAACUAUAGAAACACAUCCGCAACAUUAUAUACAAUACGCCGAAGAAAAACGAGGACAGAAGAAACAUUGUAACCCCAAAAUGUCCGAUUCAAAAACCGCCCUUCUCUCCCAAUCCGAACCCAUCGACCCCCCACCAGCCUACGACGCAACAAGCAACAACAACCCACCAGCACCUCGUACACCACUACCCCGUCCGCCGCCGCUCUCCCUCCCGGUGCUCAAUGAGCUCCGCGGCAAGCGAGUCAUCCUCGCCUCGCAGUCCCCGCGCCGCAGACAAAUUAUGUCUCACCUCGGCCUGCCCAAUCUAGAAGUCAUCCCUUCCAAUGCGGACGAGGACUUCCCCAAGACAAUGGAGCCGUUCGAGUACGUGCUCGCCACGGCCACGAAGAAGGCGCAAGCGGUCUAUGAACAAGAGAUCGUGAACGAGGAGAAGGGCGAGCCGGCGCUGAUUCUCGCGGCGGACACCAUCGUCGUGGAUACAGCUAGCGGGACGAUUCUUGAGAAGCCCCGCUCCGAGGCGCAGCAUAUCGCCAUGCUGAAGUCGCUACGGGAUAAUCGUGACCAUAAGGUGUUUACGGCGAUGGCGGCUAUGGCGCCGUUGGUUAGUGCGCGGCAGCCGGGGUAUGCGCUUGAGACGGCGCUGGAGGAGACGAGGGUGCGGUUUGAUGGGGAGGUUACGGAUGAGUUGAUCUUGGCUUAUGUGCGGACUAGGGAGGGGGCGGAUAAGGCUGGUGGGUAUGGGUUGCAGGGGUUGGGGUCGAUUUUGGUAGAGAGUAUCGAGGGGAGCUGGGAUAAUGUAGUGGGUUUGCCGUUGAAGUCGGCUUUGAAGUUGAUUGAGAAGGUGGUUGAGAAGGCUGAUGAUGAUGAUCGGUUGUCGGAUGGUCUUGAGGAAGCGGAAGAGGAGAGUGAUUAGGAUGUAGGGCUGUGGUUGGCUUGCAUACGGCAUGGUUUUAUAAACGCUGGUCGUUUGUACUUCUCUGAAGGUUAUUGAGGACCGUAUUAAAAGGAUUCAAAAGAAAGCAAGAGACAUUUUCCAACAGUAUCCAUUUGAACAGUUACAUAUCUUUUAGCUCAAUACCAAGAGCGCCAACCAGCUGGACUGGUUUACUUUAACAGAAACAGCAUGUACAUAGGCAAAACGCCUGAACGGAAGGAAAGUUUAAAGAGAAAGUAAUGAGAAACAGGGAUAUAUCAAUGCAACGAUCUAUGCCUUCCAGACCCUCUUGAAAGCCUCUGUUACACCAACGU